AUGCUCACCAUUUUAUUGGGAUUUGUUAGGGCUGGUGACACACCAGAUCCAUGCUCUGCAUACAACAGCUCAUGUCUUUUAUGCAUGCAGCAUGAUAAUGAAUGCUUUUACUGCUUCGGAGAAAAGAAAGAAUUACAUAAAUGCGUCUCUCUCACAUAUGCAAACAGUACAACAUGCACUCACAAAACAAAGGAGACAGAUGCCGCAUGUGUCCAAUUAUUAGGUGGCGAUGCUGUUCCUGCAACUAGAUAUAUCAUCGGCUCUGUUAUUUUGGCUAUCGGAAUUAUCGUUGACCUUGUUGUUAGGUUCUGCUCAUCAUCGAAACCAAGAGAUGAAUAUGCACAUCUCUAA